AUGCCUCGUAUCUCUCCCAGUCAGUCAGUCAGUCAGUCAGUCAGUCAGUCAGUAUGGGAGGAGGGAAGCUUGCCCCAAGCUGUUCCCUCGUCAUGCUGCAGACGUCGACGUGGGUUGGUCAGUGGAGACAUGGGUCGAAAUGAAUUGAAACUGCCACCAUCGCGUUUUAUCGUCUUCUCAUUGGCUCACUUGCGCUGGGCCGCAUAUUGCUUUAUCAAGGGGAUGCUGGAGCUAGUUACAUACGUCCGAGAUCAGCAAAACAAUAACAUUUCGCAUAACAGAGUAAACAAAAACAAGCUUACCUUCUCUCGCUGA